AUGCCGUCCGGACUGGCAGCAGUGCCUCCGGCGCAGUUGCCCACCAAGUAUCGCGAUGUCAUCAAGAUCGCACUGCGCCCACGCCAAACUCGAGCUUUCGUUCUUGCUGCGGUUGCAUGGCAUCUCUUCUUGACGUCGGCGCUACUCAGUACGCUCUCACUCUCACUCAUAUCACCAUUGACACUGGCAGCUAGCCUGCUGUCGUUCGGACUCGGCGUACUUCCCUUGCUCGCAAAGCGCAAACGCAGCCUCUCGCAGAUCACAACACCGCCAGCUCGAUUGCCGUCAUCCAAGGCGCAGCAGCUGUCGGCAGCAUUAUCAGAUCCAACUCUGGUGACAUUGAUAUUUCAGCAUGUUGUUGCAUUCGUUGUGCUGGCGCUGGGAUAUGCUGCGCUGCUCACGUACCGCAAAGGCGGAUGGGCACCUCAGAUCUGGGUCGAAUCGCACGCAUCUUUCUACCUCAACGAACGCUUCCUCUACCUCGUCGGCCAAUCCAUCGUGCUCGGCGCCGUGUACGCAUUCGUUUCGCGAUCGCUACCGUCUCCUCAAGCUGUGGCGUCACCGUCUUUCGACGCAUCGACAUUGACAACCGACACACCCGUGACGAUCAAACAUCGUGUCGUCGCCGCCUUCACCGCACGUCUGCCCCGAGCAGCUCUCGUGGCAGCACUCACUUCCUCAGCCAGCAUCCUCGUAUACAGCAUCGUCCGCAUUCGCAUGUGGAGCACCAUCCUGCUCGUCCUCGGAACGCGUGGCGUGAUGCGUCGACUCUUGGUCCCUUCGUUCCGCGUCGAAUUCGCGUUCUUCGAAGUGUCGGUUCGAAGCGUGCUUUUCAGCAUCGCGGCUACCUGCGCUGUCGAAACGGCAUACCUGCUGUUGGACGUCUACCUCUCGCAUCCGCUGCCUCCGGUCAGCAAGUAUGCCAAGUUCCCAAAUCGGUUGCUGCUCGAUGGGAUCGAGGAGCCGGUUCUGUUCUUCUCGAACCACGCGUUUUCGGAGCUGGCACGGUUGAGUGCAGGGGAUAAGGAGAUGAGGGGGCUGAUAUAUCGGGAUGUAGGGGGUGAUGUGACGGCGUGGAUGCAGAUUCGUGAUCGAUGUUUGGGGUUGUUGGAGGAGAGUAGGCUCUUUGUGGUGAGGCGGGGGCAGGUUGCGACCAAACCGCAGGCGUCGAUGCCGUCUACUUCGCAGCCACAGCAGCAGAAAACAAGCGCAAAGCCACCGCAGACCAUCUGGGACCAGCUCGCUGCGGGACAAACUGCACCAAAGGACUCCACCCCUCCGUCCACCUCGUCACCGGCCACAGCACCAUCCACCUCCACGACCGUCAGCACACCACCACAACAGCAACCCGCUCCGCUGCUCAGCAUCCAAUCCCUCUCAAAAACCUCGCUCAACCUCAUCACACUAGCAUGGAAGCUUCUCCCCUCCGACGCGAAACACGUCCUCUUCGGCGCACGUCGCCAGCAAACCCUUCUGGGAGAAUCUCCUUCCUCCCUGGCCAGUUCGGUCAUCGCCCGCGAUGCUCACAGGACCAUCUGUGCCGCGCUGACGCUCAAAUCCCUUCUCUGUCAGAGUCUCACCGAAGACCCGUACGGAACGGUGUCGAAGGACAUCAAGCGUAUUUUGACGGCAUUCGUCGGGUUGGAUAGUGAGAUCCGAACGUUGGGGAUGCAGUUGGAGGCUCAGGCGAGGGAGAUCGAUGACAAGCUGGAGAGGGUGGAGGCGGAUGGAGAUGGUCAAAGCAAGCAAGGGGAGGGGAGGGGGGAGGUGCAGGACGAGUUGAAGAGGGUGUGGACAGCCGGUGGUGCAGGACAGCUGGAUCUGUAUUUGGUGGCCUCGAUGAGGGAGAUUCUGAACACGUUUGAGAGGUUCGAUCUGGUUCUGGGGGAUGAACUGGAGAUCAGGUUGGGCGAGUGUUUGCGUUGA